UAGAGAAUCCAAGCAUUGUGAUAUCAUAAUUCAAAUAUAUAAUAUUUUCAUCCUUCAAGUUAAACUUAAGAAAUCCUCUUGCGACCCAUGUAUCAAAGCUUAUGGUGAUUCUUUCAUUUUUGAGGUUUUUUUCGAGGUGUCUAGGAAAAGACCUGAUAUAGAGGUUGCAAACUUGGGGUACAAUUAUAAUAUAGCUAUUUUGGCCUGA